ACUUGUCGAAGAUUUACAAUGUUACCUCUCCCCAGCUACCUCUCUGUUCUGUGUUGGAUUAUGUUAUGAUGACUCUUUGCCUCUAUCUCUGCUUUAAUGAAAAGAGAAAGUGUUGCAGUGCACCGAAGUGUUUUUGAAUUAACAGACUGCAGAAAGACAGUUCUGAGAGAUCUAGCAAUAACAGUAGGAGCCCCGCCCCCAUUUGCACGUGGCUUUGUAAGUGAAUCUCUGCAAUAUGCCCCUCUUGACAAGCCUCAGAAUUUGUACCAGACCGGUGCACCCUAUCCAAAGACACUUUAGGAGACUGCUUGGCUCACAUUUAAGCACAGGAUGUAGGAGGAUUGGAGUUUCUGUCCAGUCAGCAUUUUAUCACCAAUACAGCUCCUCAUCUUCUUCAACUACGGACAAUGCUCUUUGUGGUAAAGGGAUUGUGGUUGGUUGCUAUGAGACCGAGGGUGGUUACGAGCUGACAGAGUGUGCCAAAGACGUUGAUCUCCAGACCAAGGGCAAGCUCAUUCAUACGAUAAACAUGUCAGGAGGUCCUAUAAAGAAAGGAGAGUCUCGGCUCUUCUAUGACAUUACUGAGGACCAUGCCCACUUGGCUGUUGUCGGAUUAGGACCAAGAAAUAAGGGAGCUCCUGACGUUAGUACCAUUAAUGAGGAUAUUGAUGUUUCCAGGCAGACUGUGCGGUCAGCAGCUGCUGUAGGUACUAAGAUGUUACAGAGUGCUAAAGUCGCAGACAUUUUGUUGGAUGAUUUGAGUGAUGCUGAAGCGUGUGCUGAGGGAAGUGUGCUGAGUUUGUUCUCGUUUGAUAGGCUGAAGGCAGAAAAGAAAAGAAAGAAGAUUCCCAACGUCAAUUUACUGAGCACCAAUCCAGUCCACUCUGAUAAUUGGGAGAGAGGGUGUGUUCUUGGUGAAGCUCAGAACUUUGCCAGAGACCUCAUGGAGACACCCAGUAACCUUUUGACUCCGACAAUUUUUGUGGACAGGGUCAGUGAGAGAGUAGGGGGAAUCCGUCAGGGCUUGGCUGAUCCUAACGCUCUGACUGUUGUGCCAAGGCCUUUGUCUUGGAUUCAAUCUCAGGACAUGGGUGCCUUUCUAAGUAUUGCCAAGGGAUCGUCUGAGUCUCCAUGGCUACUGGAGGUCCACUACAGAGGAACAGAGUCUAGAGAGGACAAGCAACCCAUUGUACUGGUGGGGAAAGGAGUCACAUUCGACACUGGUGGUAUAUCUAUAAAGCCAUCUUCUGGAAUGGGUCUUAUGAGAGCAGACAUGGGCGGGGCAGCUUGCGUGGUUGCCACGGUGAUGGCUCUGGCCCAGCUGGGUUGUCAACAGAAUGUAGUUGGCCUAGUGCCUCUCUGUGAGAACAUGCCAUCGAGUCGUGCUGUGAAGCCAGGGGAUGUGGUGGUAGCAAAGAACGGGAAGUCAAUUGAGGUUGAUAACACGGAUGCUGAGGGUCGUCUCCUGCUAGCAGACACACUCUGCUACGCCCACACGUUCAACCCUCAGGCUAUUGUGGACCUGGCUACCCUCACUGGUGCCAUUGAUGUAGCACUAGGCUCUGGAGCAGCUGCAGUGUUCACAACCUCCAACUUACUAUGGCAACAGCUACACAAGGCAGGUCAUGUGACUGGUGACCGGGUGUGGAGGAUGCCGUUAUACAAUCUCUACUCUAAACAGAUUGAGUCGCACCUUGCUGACAUCAGCAAUACUGGAAACAGAAGCAGAUCCGGUGGAGCCUGUACAGCUGCUGCUUUCUUGAAGGAGUUUGUGGAGGUAGAUGAGUGGGCCCACCUUGACAUUGCAGGGGUGAUGGAGAGUCACGGGGAACUACCGUUCUUGGGCAAGGGGAUGUCAGGGAGACCUACCCGGACUCUAAUACAGUACGUAAUGGACACCUCAACAUAAAAAUAAUGCAUAAAUAACACUGACUGUAUUAGCUAUAAUUUAUAGUGUUGUAAUUAUGUUUCCACCCUUUUUAAAAUGUUUGUAUCGUCACCAAUUUCAAUGCAUGAUAUGUGAAUGCAGAUCGUGAAUUAUG